UGGAGCAGUGUUUUCAUGGCCGAGGACAAUCAGAGAGCAGAGGGGACAGCAGGCCUGGCAGCCCUCCCCGUGCAAUCAGCCCCAGCCAGCUGGGCCCAAUUUCCCCAUCAAUCAGCAGCAAUUAACACCAGCUCUCCAAGACCAGAUAAAGGCAGGGCUGGGAGCCCUCCUAGAGCUGACUUCUCUGCAGGUGUGAGCAUGGAGAGCUUUGUCUACCCACCCUUCAGCACCUACCAGAGCUUUAGGGCUGGCCUGACACCACAUGGUGGCAGGGACCCGGUGCUGAAGCAACCCAGCUGGAAACAGAGCAAGAGCACAGGGCUCGGUCCCUUCCCUGGGACCCCCACCCCGCUGCCCUCUGACUACUUGGACAGCUGCCACCGGGCCCACCUGAAGGCCCUGCUGUCGCAGGUGAGCCCAGGGCUGACCCCACGGCUUCGCCGAGCCAACACUAGGGAGAUUGGGGUGCAGGUGAACCCCCGGGCCGAUGCCGCUGUGCAGUGCUCGCUUGGGCCUCGCACGCUGCCUGCCGGCCGCCCCCUCAGCCCUGCUGGCCUCUAUGCUCGUGGGCGCAUGGCCCUCUACUCGCCUGUGCUGGAUCGCCGCCUCUUCACCAUGCCUGAAGCUGCGGGGUUCCGUGAGAAGGAUGAGGUGGCUGCGGCCAGCCCUGAGAAGCAGAAGGCAGAGGAUGGUGGCAGGAAGCAGCAGGAUGGCCAGGCAGCAGCCGCUCCUCUGACUGAGGGGCAGUCGAAGGCAUCACAGGAGGAGGCUGCAGCCCCUGGCCGCCAGGCGGCUUUCCAGUUCUUGGAGCAGAAGUACGGCUACUUCCACUGCAAAGACUGCAAGACCAGAUGGGAGAGUGCUUAUGUGUGGUGCAUUUCUGGAAGUAACAAGGUGUACUUCAAGCAGUUCUGUCGCAAAUGCCAGAAGGGCUACAAUCCCUAUCGUGUGGAAGCAAUCCAGUGCCAGACCUGUUCGAAGACUCGUUGCUCCUGCCCUCAGAAGAAGAGGCACAUCGAUCUCAAGAGACCUCAUCGCCAAGAGCUCUGUGGCCGCUGCAGAGGCAAGAGGCUGUCCUGUGAUAACACUUACAGCUUCAAAUAUAUUGUCUGAUCUGCGUGCCCCAUUUUGCAUUUGCACUUUGUCAGUCUUCUUGCAAUGUUUUGACCUUAGGCUUUUGACCUGGCAUUGGAUAAUGGAUAAGGACUUUUGUAUUUAUAAGAUAUUUAACUGUUAUUUAUGUUAAUAAAGUUCAAUAGAAGUUUGCACUAGUUUAUUACCCAUAGUAAUUUCCCAUUACCUAGUUUCCUUUUGCUAUAAUCAAAGAAGAAAUAAUCAAAGAAGAAAGUAUCAAAGAGAAAAAUAUAUAUGGAAGGAAGUGGAACCUGUUCAAUUUCCUAAAGAAAACAUGCUUUGCUUUCAGUCUACCUUUUAGGUAAUUUCUCCCUUCACUCAAACUGAACUGGUGUGGAAGAUACAAAUAAUGCUCUGGUGUGUGAAGUCUGUGGCAAAUAUAUCUGCAUGUGUUUGUUAGAGCUUAUACUACUGUCUUCCCUGCCACACGUAUAUUAAAAAUCAAGCACCACUUUAUUUAUUCUGGCAUAUGGUCCUUGAUUCAUGUCUGUAAGGUAGGAGGGAGAAGUGUAAGCUAACCUCUCACUCUUUUUGAGUUAUCUGAGAUGUAGUGUAAUAAAUUCUAUAGGGGUAAUAUGUACUAAUAUCACUAAAACAGUUCCCACUGCAAAACAGCUCCCACUGCCUGCCAAUUAGAGUAAAAGCUGAGACAGAAGCUUCCUAGUCUUGUAAGGUGUCUCAAAUGUAACAAGCAGAUCAGCUUUCAUGAAGACAAAAUACAGUCAGAAUCCUACUCAAAAUACCUCUUCUAUAGAAGCACAGUGAGUUGUUACUACA